AUGGAUCUUACGGCCAAACAUGGGCUGGUGCUGCUCGACCAGCUGAGGAAGAUGAGGGAGAGUGAGCAUCUGACAGAUGUGGUGCUGGUUGCUGAGGGCAUCAGCUUUCCAUGUCAUCGGGUCGUUCUGUCCGCCUUCAGCCCAUACUUCCGGGUAAUGUUCACAUGCGGCCUCCGUGAGUGCAACAGCAGAGAAAUAUUCCUGCGUGACACCCCUGCAGACAGCCUGGCCCUCCUCUUGAACUACAUGUACUGCUCCGAUCUUCCUCUCACUAACGCCAAUGUACAAGGCAUCUCUAUUGCAGCCUUUCUCCUGCAGAUGGAUGACGUCUUCACUCGCUGCCAGCUGCACAUGACCGAGAACAUGGACGCCUCAAACUGCCUUGGUGUGCAUUACUUUGCCCGUGACCUCGGUGCAGAGGAACUGGCUGACCAUGCUCAGCGCUUCCUGCGGCAGAACUUUGUCCAAGUCUGCCAAAAUGAGGAGGUCCUGGAGCUGGAGGCCCAUCAGCUGGGGAAGCUCCUGACUUCUGAUGACCUAAACAUUUCACGAGAAGAGACCAUCCUGGAUGUGGUCCUACGCUGGGUCAGACACAGCACUCUGAUGGAUGGAGAGGUCCGUAUUCUGCACCUUCCAGAGCUCCUGAGGAAGGUCCGUCUGCCACUGAUAAAUGCCGACUACUUAAAAGAGGCAAUGAAGAGAAACACGGCCCUGCUGGCAAACGCUGAGUGUCUAGAGAUUCUCAAUGAAGCCUUGGAGGCCACAGCGAUGCAUCCAGCAGCUGCACCACGCCAACUCAAGCUGCGGUACGGCAUGGAGACCACAGAUCUGCUGCUCUGCGUUGGAAACGACGGAGCCGGGAUCAGGUCUAGAUACAGCAGCUACACUGAGCGCAGCUUUUGCUACGCCCCGUCCACAGGCCGCAUCUACUACAUCACUUCACCUCGCUAUGCAGAGGCUCUGGGGUAUGUGUGUGCCGGGGUUGUAACUGAAGGAAAUGACAUUAUAGUGGCAGGAGAAGUAGGUGCACGAAGAAUGGCCCGACAGAAGGACAUUAAUGUUGAGAUUUACAGGUACAAAGUAGAGGCCCAAGGAAGCUGGGAGUGCCUGACGUCAGCAGAGUACCGUGAUUCAUACGCUCUGGGCUCACUGGGUGACACUCUGUACCUGCUGGGUGGGCAGAUGAAGCUAAAGAACCAGGUUCUCAUCACUAACUGUGUGGAGCGAUGGUCUCUGCAGGGAGGACCCUGGCGCAGUGCAGCACCCCUGCCUCUACCUUUAGCCUAUCACAGCGUGGUCAGGAUGAAAGAUCGCCUUUAUGUGAUGGGUGGUCGAUCCCCACAGUCAUACCGGAUGGAUGAUGAGCCCGACCGUCUUAGUAACCGCCUCCUGGAGUAUGAUCCGAACACAAAUAAGUGGACAGAGCUGAGUCCCAUGAAGUUCUCAAAGUACCGCUGCAGUGCUGUUGCACUGAAUGGCGAAAUUUUUGUGAUGGGGGGGAUUGGAUGUGAGGGUGUGGAUCGUGGACAAUCACGCCGCUGCCUCGACGCUGUAGAGAUCUACAACCCAGAUGGAAAUAAUUGGAGGGAUGGACCUCCUCUCCCAUCUGCACAACUGUCACUGCGCACCAACGCCUCAAACGCAGGAGUGGUGGGAGGCAAGAUCUAUGUGUGUGGAUACUACAAAGGAGCAGAUCGUCAUGAUGAUAUAACCAAAGAAAUUUUGGAGCUGAACCCCUGGGAGAACCGGUGGACGGUGGUGGCUCGGCACGCUCUGAUGCAUGACAACUAUGACGUCUGUUUAGUGGCAAAUCUCAACCCAAGGGGACUAAUGUCCCCACCUGCAGACUUGGUUAACCAGUGA